GCUUGUGGCAAUGUCAUAGGAUGAAGCUACAGGAUACAGGAAACUGAAAAGGAUGUCAGGUAUGUUUCACCAUAUGCCGCAGCUCAUGUUCCUUUGCCUUGCAGACUAGACACUUCGAGGCAUUCUUUGGCUCAAACCCAUGCCAACCUCCCAACUUGACGAAACCUGAUUACCCAUCUGGGUCCAUGAUGCAUACCUACAAAUGAUAGCCAGUCUGCGGACGUUCAAAGUUUGGAGCCAUAACAUAGGCAGGAAUACUGGGCCAGCACAUACGUAAUGGGCACCUACGGUGCUACUAAUAUAUUUGAUCGCGAUGCUACGGCUUUGGAGGACCUUUGUACUAUACAGCUACCAGAGCAAAUUAUCCAUGUGCCAUCAUGACUGACGAGUUUCCAUCCUUCCAGCCUUAUGCCCUCACGCCUCUCGACCACAUUGCCCCGCCGCUGUAUGCGCUGUUCUACUUGUCCUUUCGGCCUGAGCACCCGUCCCAGACACUCGUCACACUGAAAGGCGGCAUUUCGCACUUGGUAUCCAAAUGGCCUUUCUUGGCUGGCAAUGUUGUCCAGAUUCAAAGGGGAAAGAAAAUCGGACUGGAGAUACAUCCACCGGCUGCCUCAGACCUUGUCGACUACCCAAUGCUCCAGGUCAAGCAUCACCAACAGCCCAUCUCGCACAUACCGUCCUUGACUGUCAUCGACAAUGAGUUGCUACACAUCCCGACAAAAGUGCCGAUUGCCUAUCCUAUACCUGCCGUACGGUUCCAGGCCAACAUCAUGCACGACGGCAUUGUUCUCUGCCUCGGGUGGCACCACCAGGUCAUGGAUGGGGUUGGCGUUAGCACUAUCCUAGGAUCCCUCUCGCGGUGCUGCCGUGGGUUGGAAGGGAAAAUACCUCCUCCUCCAACGGACCUCCAGAAUGAGGGACGUGCAAGACGACAGAUCAUUGAAGCCGCAGACUCAGAAGAUUCUAGCAGUCAUAACCAUGACGGCGCGUAUGAUAGUAUAGACUACGAAGAGGCGUGGGAUGACUCCUUCGAGCCGAUUAUAUCUCGCCGAUAUGCUUUGUGUGCGGAAAGAGUCGCCUAUCUCAAGGAUUCCUGCAAUGCUCUGAUCCGGGACCUUGUGAUCGACCACCCCAUGACAUGCCGCAACUCAGAUGAGAGCAACUCGGAAUAUCCAGAAGAGAAUGACCGCAUGUCGUGUGAUGACGCAGUCACUGCAUUGACAUGGCUCUGUUGUUCACGCGCACGCCUCAGAGCGGCAUCGAGAAGAUCAACCGGCUUGCCGCACACCUCGUCCUUGUCACGACUUGUAGAGGUUCGAUCUCUGAUGCAACCUCAUCUUCCAAGAAGCUACUUGGGAAAUAGUCUUGUGGUUGCGAGGUCCCAGUGCAACUGGGAUGAUAUUCCGGGCUCUCAUGAUGACCCGCCUCCAGCUAGUGGAGGAAACCGUGUUGGGGAAGAAACAAUUCACGCGCUUCUGAAACUAGCUCUAAGAUCUCGAGCCAAGUGCAAGUCCAUCAAUGACAAGCAUGUCCGCGGGUUGAUAACCGAGGUGAAGAACUGCGAUAACUACGAGGAAUUUGCUGAAGCCCCGGCUGAGGUCGACAUGUCCAGUCUCCGAAGGCUCGGUUUAUACAGGCUGAACUGGGGCCCCCACCUAGGUCCUAUGGUGGAUUUUGACGCGAUUGACAGUCGCACUGAUGGCUUAUCGAUGAUCCUGCCCGCCAGGCCUGGAAAGCCAGGGCAGACUCCGUGGGAACUACGCAUUACUCUUCCAUUGACGGUCAUGGAACAAUUCCGGCGAGAUGAACUUGUUAAUUGGGCAACAGGGGCAAAGAAAUCAGAGUUCAAGCUAUGAUGUAACGGGUCAAGGUAAAAUGUUGGAAGUAUCACCGAGCACCGAGCUACCCCGGGUUUGUUUCUUGCUUCCUUGAUAGAGCUUUUAACCUUCAAAACAUUAGAAAUCAAGUUAAGCUUAUUUUCGCCA